GUUUAUCGUACAUCGUCGCUUGAUGUAGCUGGGUUCUCGAGUGUUUGUGCAGAAGUCACCGGUGGUGGCUUCCCAUUGACAGCGUUGUGGAUCACGUCGUUGCUGUACCGCGUUUGGCGUUCUUUCAGAAUUUGCAGUGACCUCUUCGAAGUGCUUUGAACGUCGAAGGAACGCAAUUAUUGAUGCCCAUCUGGUAUCCAUGCGGAAUCGGUCUGUGCCCGAUAGGAAGCCGAGGCUGCGCCUCACGGCGGACGGCGGACCAAGCGGCGUUUCUGUGACGUCAUCAACUUCGUCACGUCCAGAGCGCCGCUCCUAUUGGUCCGCGCACGGCGGCAGCCACACUGCAACGUAGGACCAUGCUGGACGGGCGGCUUGUCGCCAUACUGUUCCAGGCAAUCUUGACAGUCACUACAGCGAAAGAGUGCCGUAGUGGUCCGUUGGGUCCGCUGACAGGUCGUCUGCAGGACUGGCAGCUAAGCGCCAGCUCUGUUCGCCAUGGAGAAGCUGGCUGUCAUGUCCGGUACGCUGUCGUCCUCGGUCCUCCUGGCAGGGCAUGGUGUCCCGCUCAUGACAAGGACGCGAGACCAUGGAUACAGCUGGAUCUCGGCGUGGCUGCAAAGGUGACAGGACUGCUGACGCAAGGGCGAGGCGAUGGACAAGAAUGGGUGACGUCAUUCUGGCUGGCCUAUAGCAUGGAUGCUUUCCACUGGAAGUACGUCAUUGACAGUAACGGAAACAGAAAAGCUUUCCGUGGGAACGUGGACUCCCACGGCAUGGCCCUGAGCUACCUUGAUCCGCCUGUGCGCGCUAGGUUCCUUCGUCUUCAUUUACUGCACUGGAACAACAGGCCUGCCCUAAGAGUUGAACCUUUGGGAUGCCAAGAGUGCAACGAGAUGAUCAGCCUACCUCCUGUGGCCCGUCUCUCCGCGUCUAGUUGGAGGCCCUGGCAUCCGCAGCAAGGAUCCUGUAGUCCCGACGAAGGACAUUUCUUCAGUAGCGGAGGAUGGUGCGCUCUGCGGAACAAUGGCAACCAAUGGGUGCAAGUGGACCUGGGUCCCCCGACUCGAGUGACCGGGGUUGCGACCCGAGGCCGCGGAGACUCCCGGCGCAAGCAGUGGGUGACCGCCUACCGACUUGCCUACUCCAACGAUUCCAUGCGAUGGUUCCACUACAAGGACGACAACCACCUUGAUCCAAAGGAAUUUGGCGGCAACAUGGACAGGGACACAGAGCGGCGUCACUACCUGAACGCCCCGUUUGUGGCUCGAUACGUACGCUUCCAGCCCACGUCGUGGAAGAGGAGGGCCGCCAUGCGCGUCGCUGUCAUCGGCUGCCCGCACCAGGGAGACUGUGGUCCGGGUUUCCUGAGGGUUCGGGAAGAUUCUGAAUGCGAAGAGAACCUUGCGUUCAAGCGCGACACAUGGGUGAACGACGAGCGUUUCUCGUGGUCUGAGUGGACGGACGGACAUUCUUCGUUCGCCGUCGACGGGGACCUCCAAGCGCAACACGCCCGACAUUGCGCCAUCCUGGACAAUUACUACGUGGACCAGCCCUUGUGGAUGGUCGAUCUGGGGGAGACACGAAGCGUGCGAGGGCUUCUCGUCGUCACCUGGCACGGCAGACACGGACAGCAUGAUCGAAGCAAGGUGUACCACGAAGUGUAUAACCUGGAGAAGUUGACAGCCUACGUGGCAGACAGAGCCAGACUGGAGGCGUUCCCCAGUGGCAACAAGUGUGCCUCUGUGUCUCGCCUCAACAACGGCCUCCAGAAACACGUGCUCCACUUUGAGUGUCCAGAGUCGAUGGAAGGCCGAUACGUGUACCUCAAGGCCACUGGAAGCCACGCACGUCGGGGAAGGCUCUUCUCCGCCGUGCUCUGCGAAGUCAUGGUCUACUGAAGAGAACCCGCCUAUGAGACGCGUCCCAUAGGCCACGAGGUUAUCAAGAAACCAGUUUUAGGUCACGGGCUGACUACAAUACGAACACUGUAUGCCAAAUGACGAUCUUCUAAGGGACACCUUCACAUUACCUUCGAGUUAUCGAGAGAAAGUACGCAGGCUGACUAUAGUGUGCUUGUACAGCAAGCCUGGAUGAACAAGUUUGUUAAGGACAGCUUUUGCACGAACUAUAAUAUUGGUCUCGGCAGAGGCCGGCACAAGCUAUAGUUGCGAGUGUCGCUACAAGUUGGCUACAAUACUGACUACCCGUAAGUCAUCUGAAGGCAGGUUUUGAGCCAUGUGCUGUACAGUUUGCGAAACUGGAGACCACGGCCCGCUUGCAGGAACGUUUAGGAAAUUCCUCAGUAGUGCAGUUAGUAGGGCUUCGAGCACACGCUACUCUCCUCAAUGGUGCUCGUUCGCAGAGUGCUGGUAAAGCUACUAUACAGACGGCAUUCAGGAAUAUCCUUAAUGUUCGUGCAAGCGGGCCCGGUCUUACGAGCGAUUACAUGGUAACCCAGCUGUCUUACAUUUUCAUACAAAAUCUUCGUUAUAAACCUACCAAGGCGGCAGGAAAUUUGUCUACAAGUUGGGUAGGGUACAGUUUGAAGCACAGUCGUCUACAAAACUGCCGAAAACUUGUCUUCGAAGACGCCUACUAUAAAAGUGGGAUGGAUCCGCUUCCUGUAACAAGAGGCGUGUGGGUGUUUCCUUGUUGUUGCUUUGAACAAGGGUUGUAUAGGUUGCAUUACAGAUUUCCUUAAUAGAAUGUGCGUGAGAAAUAUCAAUGUGGCUAUUCUGGAGUCAUAUGAUCGACGCAUCAAGCCAAUUCAAGACACGACGGUUGUGAAUUCCCGAACAAGUUACGAAGCCAGACUCUGCCGCUGAGCCACGGACAAACCACCUGCAAGCCAGUGAAGCAGCGGAAAGUUCCAUAAGCCUGUAUUGAGGAGUCGUGCAGGUCGCAGCUCUAUAACUUGUUACUCUAAAGACGCUCAGGAUUAGGGUUGUUGUUGUACCGUACCUUCCUUUGUUCUGUGCAAUGACGGGUGCUUCAAUUUCACUGCCGGCGUCAGAUGUGUAAACAUUGUUGAUAAUUAAAUUGUAAUACAGUAAACGCUCGUUAAUACGAAACCGCGUCAUUCGAAUUAUAGGCUUAUUCGAAGUUCUACGUACGGUCCCAGGCCGAAAUCCAUGCGCUUCGAACCCGAUUAUUCUAAAUGCACUGCCAGCUGACUAUACGCUUACUGCGAACGAGCCAACACGCGAAAGCUGUCAAGGCGCUCAUUACGAACAUUUCUUUCCUUCCUUGAAUACUUUUUUCAAAUACUUCCGCGGAGUUUCCUUGCGCUUCUGAGCCUGUUGUCGCUAUUUUUGUGCGAGUUGCUCUUAUAUCAAACUGUCGCUUUUUCGAAUUACUUCCAGGUCCCGUCGACUUCGUUAUAACGAGGCUUUACUGUAUGUGAGAAAUUCUCUUUUAAUUCAUUCGUCUAAUUACGUUAUGUUACGCUAUGUUUACGCUAUGUUUCCAGUCUCAAGUCAUAUGCUGCUCUGCAAACGAGAGUGCACGCGUUGUACAGCUGAACAAAGACAAAUUACUAGCACAAACCUUCGCAUGAGAAGGUGAGAGAAAGUUAAAAUGAAACCGAAACUUGAGAGCAGCCGCUAUCCGUAUGACGUCACGAAGUUUGAAUCAGCGCCAUCUAGAUGGCGUGGUUUGAAUGUGGUGGUCGGGCCGGGCGGGAAAUGCGAUUACGUUAAUAAUGAAUUGUGUCCGAUAUUUAGAAAAUGAGGGAGAAAGCAAUAUACGGAUCAAAUACAGCAUGCGCUGUAGGAAAAAAUACAAAAAGAUGAACCUAAGAGAGAGGUGUGUAGAGCGAUGUAAUUUAGACCUGAUUUUUCGUGCGCUCUACAACACAAGUGCAUCGUGAGGGAAUGUGAGUUCCCGUGACGUCACUAUUGCACCACGACCUUUAUGGCACCGUAUCCCAAUAAGCAAUACAAGUAUAGUUGUCUUCAUAUCUCACGCAAUAUGCAACGGCCAACCUCCUUAAGACGUGAUACAUAUUUAAUAACCAGCACAGAAAUAUGAAGCUUAAUUGUUAUGUGCUCGUGCAAACGUGAUAAUCACGCGUAAUGGCGAUCCACGUGCAACCUGAUCUUUCUCUCUCUCGUUUGAACGGUUUAUCUUCUGAAAGUUCAACUUGACAACCUUGUUACACUCUAACGUUAAUUGUUUGUAAAUAUAUAUAUAUAUAGUUAACGAACUUGUUUAGGAAUUUUCUUUGAAACACUAACCGUUGUGAAAAUGAACAUGUUAACAUUUCCAUGUCGUCCAGUGUCCCGUGUAAUGUGAUCGUGUGCAUAAAGCCUCUACACACGUUAUA